ACGGAGAGCAUGCGUUGUGAUAAUUGAAAGAAAUGGAAGUUCUGUCAUGGCUAGUCAGCAAGUUACGGAAGAUCUAAAAGCAUUUGAACGAAGGCUCACGGAGUACGUGCAAUGUUUAGGUCCACAAACCGGCAAAUGGAGACUUAUUCUUGUUCUGUCGUCAGUUGCAACCGCUGCAGGUGCUUGGGGAUUAAUCACAGAUAGUCAACAUCAUCCUUCACUACUGCAGUAUCUGUGGCACCAUAAAUUUUUCACAAUCAGUUGCUGUAAUUUAUUCAUAUUAUUUAUGCUAGGAAUUCAUAGAAGGGUUAUGGCACCUCAAAUAAUUUUAGGAAGAACAAGAUUAGUUUUAGAGGAUUAUAACAUGUCCUGUGAUGAGAAGGGAAGACUUAUUCUGCGACCAAGGCCAUCAUGACGCAUGCUUUUAAAGUACAUAUGAAAUGAUUUUUUUUGUAAUUCAUCACAAAAGAAAUGUAGCAGUGAAUUUCAGCACCUCAGAACCGAUAAUUCUUCUCUCUUUCUUCUCUAACUUGGCAGGAAAAAAUUGGACAUCUUACCUUACAGUAACUCAGAGCAAAUUCAGACUCAGAGCUCAAAUAUUGCAAACAAAAGACUUCAUUUCAUAUGAACUUCAGAAUGUAUUAGUUUUUGUUUUAGAAACAAUUGGAUGUAUAGUUAAACUUUGAAAAUGUUAUAUUCAUAUAUGGGGAUGUGAUGUCAAUAUCUCAACACAAAAAAAUCAAAGUAGUUCUUAAUCAUUAGGAUGGUAAGUUUGAUGAUUUCUCAGGCAUUGGUUAAGGCAAUGCCUUGUCCUAAGGGCUUUAUUUUUGUUUACUAUAACAAGGCAAUUAAGACUCGAGUUUAAUUGAUAGACAUUAAAAAAAAAAAAGAACACUUUAAUAAUCACGGUGUAAGGUGAAAAAUUAAGACAAAAAGAAUUCUAAGAGAGUCUUGCUCAUAAACGAACAAGGGUGUAUUUGUUACUAGUAUUUACAAGCCUCUAAAAGGAAAUGGUGGAAUGAUUUGAUAUUUUUUCCAGAUGUUUUUUUUUUCCAUUUUAUAUUUCCACAUUAAAAUGCCAUGUGGCAUAGUGCUUGACCUGUUAACCCCAAAACACAACAAUCUUUACUUGACCUUAGUUUUGUUGAUGUUCUACAAUCUUUGUGAGAAUUAUCAGGAACCUAGAACAUUGUACUCUGCAUCUUGUCCUCAGGAGAGUUUGAUUGUGUUACUUUGGAAAUUUGCAAGUUAUUUAUUAAGAAGAGUGGGCAAGUAGAUAUUAUUUUCCUUUCAUUUAUUUUGCUUUGUGACUUGCUGGUAGGUCUCUUUCACAAAUUCUUGCAAGUAAUGACAACACCAGCAUGAUUGCUUUAUAAAAAGGGAGAUGAGAGUAGGGCUUAUAUUAGGGGUCAUUGACAAACAACUAGAAUCUUUCUACAUACUGAUCUGUUUUUACCAAACUUAAGUCCACUGAAAAACGUUUUUAUACAAUUCUUGGUUCCAAAGGGUAAAAUAACCUGUUCAAUUACCUCUUUCCAUGUUGUUAAGAAAUAUUUUUGUAAGUCUGACCUUUUAAGGAAUACAAAAGUAUUUAAGGAACUGAAAUUGUACUUUCAGUCUGAUUUCAGGUACUUGAUUUUGGAAAUCUUAUCAAUAAAGUUUGUUGUGGAACUUA